GGAGAACGGUCACGUGGAGGAAGCGGAAACCCUAGCCAUCUCAUCUUCGCCGAACCUCUCGUCGCACUGUCUCUGUUUUGGACUGGAGCACUAUCUUCCCCCUACUUUUGUCACGCCUGGUCCAGGGUGAUGGCUCCGCCUGGGGAUCCACGGCGCCUCUGCAGGCUGGUGCAAGAGGGCCAACUGCGCGCCCUGCAGGAAGAGCUGGAGGCGGCCGGAGGCUGCCAGGGGCCAGCUGGGGACACCCUUCUCCACCGUGCGGCCCGCCACGGGCGCCAGAACAUUCUGGCUUAUCUAGUGGAGGCUUGGAGUAUGGACAUCGAGGCUGCCAACCGAGACUACAAGCGGCCCCUACACGAAGCUGCCUCUAUGGGCCACCGGAACUGCGUGCGCUACCUCCUGGACCGAGGGGCAGCUGUGGACUCCUUGAAGAAGGCGGACUGGACUCCUCUGAUGAUGGCUUGUACAAGGAAGAACCUUGAAGUGAUCCAGGACCUUGUGGAACACGGUGCCAACCCACUCCUGAAGAACAAGGAUGGCUGGAACAGUUUCCACAUUGCCAGUCGAGAAGGAGACCCUGUGAUCCUCCAGUACUUGCUCACGGUCUGCCCAGAUGCUUGGAAAACAGAGAGCAAGAUUAGAAGAACUCCUUUACAUACUGCAGCAAUGCAUGGCUGUUUCGAAGCAGUACAGGAGCUUCUUGAUAGGUGUGACUAUGCGCCAGACUGUAGAGACAACUGUGGCGUCACACCCUUCAUGGAUGCAAUUCAAUGUGGCCAUGUUCACAUAGCCAUGCUGCUCCUUGAAAAACACAAGGCUUGCCCUUCAGCUGAAGAUAGCCUGGGGGCCCAGGCUCUACACCGAGCAGCAGUCACUGGGCAGGAUGAAGCCAUUCAGUUCCUGGUGUCUGGUCUUGGCAUUGAUGUAGAUGUGAGAGCAAAGUCCACCCAGCUCACAGCACUUCUUUUUGCAGCCAAGGAGGGACAGACAAGCACCGUUCAAACGCUAUUAUCCCUGGGUGCCGACAUCAACUCUAAAGAUGAAAGAAAUCGCUCAGCCGUGCAUCUGGCCUGUGCAGGUCAGCACGUGGCUUGCGCCAAGUUCCUGCUGCAGUCGGGACUGAAGGAUUCUGCAGACCUAACAGGCACCCUGGCCCAGCAGCUCACAGCGAGUAGAGAUAUCCUUCGGGACUUUGACCACACUGUGAAGUCAUGAGGAUGUUUGAAGAAGGAGGCAAUAAAGUUCAUGGGAACGGACGUCCUGCGUUUUCGGUUAGACAAGCGAGUGAGUUAUUUCUCAGCCAAUGUUUUCUUCUCCUUCUGCCCUCCCGUCAUGUUCCUCUGCUGGAAGGCUUGCCAGAUGACCAAGACUCUGGAUUCCUGGCAUGUUGUAUGAUCUUGAAGGCAGCCAUUUAUUUUUUCUUUUUUAAACCGUACUGGGGGUUGAGACCAGAGCCUUGCAUAUGCUAACUAAGCCAGUGCUGUGCCUCUGAGCUCGAGGGUCAGCCCCAUACUUUGGUUUUUCUACCCUUCAAGUAGAAUGAGAUUAAAUAUUGAGUCCUGGGAAUCCCUGAGAAGUACAUAAUGUGAACAGAUGUAAUAUAUAUCCUUCUUUAAAUGUAUGAAAAUGUAAUAAAAUUUGAAAUAUGAAUUGCUGUUUCCUCAAGCUGUAAAACAUAAUUGGCCUAUUUAAUUUUUUUCCUUUACGGGUUUUAUGUGGUCAUUCGGUUUCAUAGCCAGGGAUGGUGUGCAUAUUUCACCCACUUAUAACAAUGCUUACAGGGAGUUGACAGACACCUUUUUAUAUUCUCAUUACUGCUAGUUGGGCUAAAUUUCUUUUUUUUUUAAUGCAUGUGGAUAUUUUGCCUGCAUGUAGUUCUGUGUGCCACAUACAUGCCUGAUGCCUUCCGAAGCCAAAAGAGGCUGUCAGACCCCCCCCCACACACACACCAGGAAUGGAGUUACAGAUAGUUGUAGAUGUUGGGAAUCAAGCUUCGAGCCUGGUGAAACAGCCAGCACUGAGCUGAACCAUCUCUCCAGCCCCAGCUGUAAGAUUUUAAUCUUCAAGGGUUUCUGUUUCAGUCACGAGCAAGAUGCAAUCCUCACUAGUUUAGUGUACUGCGACAGGUACUGUGACACACCUACCUCACUCCAGAAUUGUGCCUGCCUUGGCAAAUAGCAAAGACUUCCAGCUCCUCUUGAUUAUCCUCUCAUGGAGUUCAUACAUCCCUGCUUCUAACCACCAAAUAAAUGUCCCUGUAGAAACACAAUCCUGACUUGUAAUCUCGCCACCAUACACUACACAUAUGCUCAUCAGAGAUGGGAUUGCCACGUUCCCUCGUGUCAGCGAUUCCCUUGUUUCAGUACCUUUGGGGCCUGAAGAUGACCCUGGUGUGUGAUAUUCCGUGCACGCAUGUUGGGGCAGAAGAUCCGCCUUAGCACACACACAAAACAUUCUGUUCUUUCACGUUCAUAGUCUCCCCCUCUCUCCACUCUUCCCCUCCUCGGAUUUGUAACUUUUCUAAGCUCUGAGUGCAAGAGAUCGGAGACCUGAGCUGUAAAGCCUGGCAUCUCUUGUUUGCUACUCUGAACACACAAUUCCCGCGUGUCACGUUGCUUCUGCCCAUCCUGGUACUAGAUUCCAUAAACCUUGACAACUACAGCCACUGCUAAAGUGACCCAGCAGCCAGAGAUGACCGACAGUAAUUAUCACAACAUUAAUUGUAGCAAAGAAAGCCGUAAUAAUAUGUGAUAACAAUACACUUUCGCUGUAAUACUCUAUUAGAGAUGGCUAAUAGCAAUGCAAAUGAUAAUAAUUAUUCCCUCCUAAUUAUAGUUGCUUUCUUUAUUUCCUUUGGGUCUCUCCCUAAGAGUUACCUUCUCAGGCUUCCCUACCUAAAAUUAUUCCUUUCUUCAGCACUUAAUACUUCCUUCUCUGUGAUGGUUAGCUCUGUGAUUGUCUGCUUAGGUGUUAACAGAGCCUGGAGUCACCUUUAAAGAGAGUCUGGAUGCUUGAUUGUUCUCAUUGGGUUGGCAGGGGGUACGUCAGUAAGAAAUUGUCUUAAAAUUAAGUUAAUUGAUACGGGAAGAGCCAGUCCACUGUGAGCAGCACCAUUCCCUUUGGAGGGGGUGGUGUCCUAAACUGUAUGAGAGGGGAGAAUUGAACGGAGCAUAAACAAGCCAUUAAGUGGGCACGAUAGUUCUUUCUCUCUGCUUUUAAUUCUGGGUAUGAGCUGAUAGCUGUUUGAAGUUCCUCCCUUGACUGUAACUGGGACUUUGUAAGCAGAAAUAAACUUUUCU